AUGAAGUCAGCAUGUCAACAACAGACACCAAUAAUAGGUUCGGCCCUCUAUGUGGGAUGGGAUCUCCGAGACACAACCUUUACUAACCAAUCAUUCGCGUUACCAACAGAUCUUCUGCAGAACCGACCCCUUCACGCCAUAAAGGAACAUCUGAGGAGACAUCAAGCCACUCAUGGAGAGCGCAAUUUCAUAUGUCCCAUGUGUCAGCGUUCCUUUACGCGCAAGUACGUCUUUGCCAUCUCCGCCCAAUCGUCUUACACCCCCUGA